GUGUGUGUAGCACUGCUGGGGCAAGCAGAAGAGUAGGAUACUGGGCUCGACAACUUUUUGCGAGACGGUGGCGGAGAGGCUACCGAGCAGUUGCUGUAAUGUUUCUUCCCGGAUGAGGGGUGAGAGCAGCGGCUCCUUGGUGCCUGUCCCCCGUUUUUUUCCGAGACUUGGGAGGAGAAAUUGAAAAAAAAAAGACAAACAACAUAUAAUAAUUAUUUAUUUUUUGGGAGAAAAGAUAUGAGCAGUUACAAAGUGACCCUUUCUGGAUCUGCCCCGUGGGGCUUCCGACUCCAAGGAGGAAAAGACUUCAACAUGCCGCUCACCAUCUCCAGGAUCACCCCCGGCAGCAAGGCGGCGACAGCCAACCUGAUCCAGGGUGACAUCAUCGUGGGGAUCGACGGGGUCAGCACAGAGGGCAUGACGCACCUGGAUGCCCAGAACAAGAUCAAGUGUGCCAGCUACAACCUGGCCCUCACCAUGCAGAAGUCGAAGCGCCCCGCCCCAGUGCCCACAGCUACCCCCCGAAUGGACUCCCCCAUGUCAGUCAUCCCACACCAGAAGAUCAUUGCCAACACUGUUGCCAACACCGAGUAUGUGCCCAGCUUCAACCCCAAUGUGCUGAAGGACUCCGCCCUGUCCACACAUAAGCCCAUUGAGGUGAAGGGCCCGGGGGGCAAGGCCACCAUCAUCCACGCCCAGUACAACACCCCCAUCAGCAUGUACUCACAGGACGCUAUCAUGGAUGCCAUAGCCGGUCAGACCCAGGCGAGGGGCAGCGACAUAUCCAGUGAUGCUGGUGCGGCUGGCUCUCCCCUGGCUAUUCUCCCAGUUAAAGACCCUCUCAUAGACAGUGCCUCCCCAGUCUAUCAGGCUGUGAUCCAGAACCAGGGUAAGGGGGAGAACCAGGAGAUGGAGGAAUGGUCUCGCCGCUCUGCCAACCUACAGUCCAAAUCCUUCCGCAUCCUGGCCCACAUCACAGGAACCGAGUACAUGCAAGACCCAGAUGUGGAUGCUCUGAGGAAAUCAAGGGAAAAGUUUGAAACAGAAGUAAAAGGCCCACGUUUUGCUAAAUUGAAAACCUGGCACAAUGGCCUGUCUGCGCAAAUCCUUAAUGUUUAGGGUUAUAUUUGAGAUUUGAAAGGGAGCGAGGGAGGAGGAGGAGAGUAGUUCUGAACUAGAGGAGUGUUUAGGGUUAUAUUUGAGAUUUGAAAGGGAGCGAGGGUGGAGGAGGAGAGUAGUUCUGAACUGGAGGAGUGUUUAGGGUUAUAUUUGAGAUUUGAAAGGGAGCGAGGGAGGAGGAGGAGAGUAGUUCUGAACUGGAGGAGUGUUUAGCCUCUGUGAUGUGGGUGGUAGAAGAGCUAAUCAGUUUUGUGUGUCUGUUCUCUGUGCUGUAUAUCCCUCUGCAUUGUAACGCAGUAGCGCUCAGCUCCUUUCAUUCUUUAAGUUGUGUAAAAAGAUAUUGAGCUUCUGAUAUUUUUUUCCUUCCCAGUUUGAAUAUUCAAAAUAAAUGGAUAGAUUUUGGCAGCUU